CAUCAAACGCGGCCUCAGAAGCCCAACACACUUAAGAACCCCAACCCUCCGCCCCCUUAUCGUGUUGCGAGGACGGCCAACGGCUCACACGCUUCCGGAAGUCCUCCGCCACGCCACGCCGCGCCGCCGAGGGCAGAAGAAGAAGAGGACCUUCCCCGCUUCUCUCUAGGGGUUUCGACCCCCUACCACGUCCGAUUCAGCCUUGCAGUGAGAUAAUUGAAGAUCAAAUUUGUCAAUCCUUCUCUAUACCAUACCCGGUAUCAGCAUGAUGGCAAUCAUACCGUCUGGAAAUACUUCAGUACCUCAGUUGGGAGUCUGUCCUCAACUAGUGUUCAGAUACACAUCUCGAGGAGCAAAGGCAUGCUGCUUGAGUAACAAGUUGCCCAUGCCUCAAACUGGUAUCUUAAACAACCAAAAGUAUUUGGCAUCAUCAUGUGCCAGUUUCUUUGCGUCAGUGCCUUCAUCUGCCCUAUUCAAUAGUGGGCCAUGUCAAAAUCUUCGACAUAAUAGGGGGGCAAGGCUUGUUGUCAGAGCUGAUAGUGAUUACUACUCUAUCCUUGGUGUGUCAAAAAAUGCCAGUAAAUCAGAAAUAAAAAGUGCUUAUCGAAAGCUUGCGAGGAGUUAUCAUCCGGAUGUGAACAAAGAAUCUGGAGCAGAACAGAAGUUCAAGGAGAUAAGCAACGCUUAUGAGGUAUUGUCAGAUGAUGAGAAGCGUGCUGUAUAUGAUAAAUAUGGAGAAGCUGGUCUCAAAGGUGCCGGCAUGGGCAUGGGGGAUUUCAGUAACCCAUUCGACCUCUUUGAGUCUUUGUUUGAAGGCAUGGGUGGAAUGGGUGGCAUGGGAGGAAGCAGAGCUGCUCGUAACCGGCCAAUGCAGGGUGAAGAUGAGAGCUAUAAUCUUGUAUUAAAUUUCAAGGAAGCAGUCUUCGGUGUGGAGAAAGAGAUUGAAAUAACAAGGCUAGAGAAUUGUGGGACCUGUGAUGGGUCUGGUGCCAAACCUGGUACAAAGCCAAGCAAAUGCAAUACUUGUGGAGGUCAAGGCCAGGUUGUAUCUUCAGCAAGGACCCCGUUGGGUGUAUUCCAGCAAGUCAUGACUUGCUCUACUUGUGGUGGGACAGGAGAGUUCUCUACCCCUUGCAACACGUGUGGAGGGGAUGGCCGUGUGAGGCGGACUAAGAGGAUCAGUUUGAAAGUUCCAGCUGGAGUAGACUCUGGUAGCCGGCUGAGGGUCCGAUCGGAAGGGAACGCUGGAAGGAAAGGUGGCCCACCUGGAGACCUUUAUGUAUUCAUAGAGGUUCUCUCUGACCCUGUGCUUAAGCGGGAUGGGAAUAACAUCCUUUACACGUGCAAGGUUUCAUAUAUUGAUGCAAUCCUUGGGACCAUGAUCAAGGUCCCAACAGUCGAUGGGAUGGUGGAUCUGAAGAUCCCAGCAGGCACCCAGCCAGGCACUACACUGGUGAUGGCAAAGAAAGGGGUCCCUUACCUUGGAAAGUCAAACACUAGGGGUGAUCAGUUAGUUCGUGUGCAGGUGGAGAUUCCAAAGAGACUGAGCAGUGAAGAGAGGAAGCUGAUUGAAGAGCUUGCAAACCUCAACAAGACCAAAACUGCGAACAGCAGGAGAUAGUUGAGGUUAAUUUUGCCCAAUGAAUUUUGGAUUUAUUUAAGCCCCCACAAAGCUUGUGUUGAACAAUUGUUGUAUUGACCACUGAUCAUGCGAGGGGGAAAUUCAGAAACUUAAUGUUUAACAAGGUGGGGGCAUUCUCGUUAUGGUAUGCGUUUUUGCUGCAUUAGAUCACUUAUAAAGAAAUGAAAUAAAGGGGAUGUUGGAGGGUAUAGGAGUGAACCAAACCAUGUCUGUAUUUUUAUAGUUGAGGUUGUCUGCCAAUUUGAUGUUUUUAAGUUGUACUAAUAAAUAGUUUGUGCAUGGGUUUCAUGAUAGCAGGAAA